GGACAGUCAUCCAUGAUGACGAUCUCCACGAUGAUUUCUUAUGAGUGUGCAAGAGUGUGAAAGGCAAAGAAACUGGCAGACAAUGAUACCACGGGUUUCGGAUGACGAGAGAAGAGAGAGAUGAGAGACAGAGAGAGAAACUUGGGAUGGGCGACCGACUCCAACUCUUCCUUCCUCGGGGGAGAGCAAGGAGUUUGACAGAGACUCGAGGAUCUCUUAAACCCAAGCGAAACAAAAGGGAAGAUGAACAAAAAGAAACACAAAAAAGAUGAUCUGUCUUACGGUCCAAACACGAAAAAAGCGAACACGGGCGAAGAAUCAUUAUCAUGAGCUUAUUUGCAGCUGUAUUCCGUCGUUCCUGUUUCUUGGUUUUUGACUAUCGUCUGUCCUGUUGGGUGCUGAGGUGCUGCUGGUGGUGCUGUUGCUUGGUUAUUGGCGUGGGUUGGAUUAGCGGUGUCUUAUUUUCAAAUCACAAAGUCAUUUACAAAGUUCAAAGAAUGUUUUCCCCUGGUGACUACGCAACAAAAAGGAGAGAAAAAGGAGUGCCAUCAAGAGGCAAAGUUAUUCCUCUUUCCCAACUACGAUGUGCGCCUAUGGCAGCAAUUAGUAUGUUCGUGAAGGAGACUCUUGGAAACGAGAAAAAAGCCACCUUCGCUGGAAGAUUGGCACGAUGCCCCGAGGGCGGGCCAGGUGAACAAUUCUUCCGUCAAGUCGGGGGUUUUUGCUCAGAAUUACGGGGGGCCUGCGCCGCCAACUUGGCUAGCGGGAGGGACCUGCCCACGCCGCUGGGAAUUGGGAUCGCUUCCGAGUCCCAGUGCAGCAAGCUGAACCACCAAGUCGAAAAGAAUCCAGACCAACAAAAUGCUCGCACUUUGCAUGCAAUCAAUGAUGGCGUGGGCUUGCGUCUUGUUGGGAAGACUGGGGGUCCCGCCUCUGACCUCUCAGAGGCGUCAAAGGUCGAGAUUGACCCUGACAGCGACCCCGAAAGUUUGGGUCCGCGGUUGCACAUUCUCUUUUGGACUGUCUGAAAUCCAAUAGUCUCGUGGACUCGGGUAGCAAUUGCAGUAUCAAGACCGAAUGGAGCCCCAAUCAUGAUCCAUCUCGACCCCAGCUUGGGGAAAUGGGUGGUCUCCCCAUGGGCAUCUUGCACCCGCUCCGUCUGUAGCCGAGUCUUGACCUUUGUUGCUCACCUUCCUGGCCAAGAGACGGGGCAUCAGCAGAGGGAUGGUAGUCAGCAACCUACUGUGUAAGCUUAGGCAUCACGUUGCCCAUGCUUUCA